AAAGAUGAAUUGCAAUACAAUUAAGUUACUUUGUAAUUAAAUGCUUUGAUCUCAGUGCAUGGUCGACAAACAAAUCGUGAUUUGUAUUAUUACUUCAAGUUUCGGCAGCAGAGGGAGCUUCAUUUUUCAAAAGGACUAUCACCAAAAUGAAGGCCUUCUUGACAUCGCUGGUAAUAUUCAUAUGCUCUGUGAGUUUGACCUUGCAAAUGGAGGAUCCAAACGGUACCCCGAGCAACUUUGUAGAAUGUAUGGAAUAUGAAUUCAUAAUAGCAGACGCUAAAAAUAUUUCACAAAUAGAAGUACAGAAAUUUUGUAAAGAUUUGUUGGUAAACCAGAUGGAGUCAAUGGCUGUCGAAAUGAAAAAUCCAAAUAUAACAAAUUAUAUCAAACAUCUCGCGAGAGGAAUAAUAUCCGAGAUAGAAAAUGCUAAUUCUCGGCAGAAGAGAAGUGUUUUCAGAUUUGGAAAUGUAAUGCGAAGAGAAAUCAGAGAGCCGCCUUAUGAUCAGGUGUGGGGAUGUUAUGCAAGAGGAGUCAGACGACUUAAGAAUAGCUAUGAUGUAAGCAAUACAAUGAAUACUUUUGACGUCAUCGCAUCUUUACAUACUGGAGCUGCAAUACCAGUAGGCCAUGAUGGACCGGGAUUCUUCAGCUGGCAUAAAGCCUUUCUACGCAUAAUGGAAUUUGCAAUUGGUUGUCCAUUACCUUACUGGGAUACUACAUUAGACUUUCCUAUGGACGACCCCACUCAGUCCAUUGUCUGGUCUCCUAAAUUUUUUGGUAAUGGUUAUGGUGCAAUUACCUCCGGUCCUUUUGCCAAUUUACCUGGAGUAAUGCAACCCAUAAGAAACAUAAAUAGUGCCGGUUGGUUAAUGUCUAGACAAGAUAUUCAAAUGGCACUUUCUAAACCCAGUUAUUUCGAAUUCACUGAACCAUCACCUUGUUACAAUGGAAAUCGCUACGCUUAUAGUAUGGAAUGUUUACACGAUGGUACGCAUGUCUGGCUUGGUGGCACUGCUGAGCCAACUGCCACAGCUUCUUUUGAUCCAAUAUUUUAUCCCUUACAUGCUUUUGUUGAUAAAAUAUUUGGAUUAUUUAGAAGGAGAAUGAUACAAGAAGGAAAUGCAGUUUAUCCAGACAAACAGAUAACGGGACAUGCACCUAGAGACCGAAUGCUAUUUUAUAACACAUUUCCUGGUAUAGAAUCUUUAACACACGAAGAUGGAUAUGGUGAGAAUCUGGAUCAACUAGUUAGCUACACCUCUACUCCGUCAUGCCCAAAUUGUGCCGGAAGUGAUGACCUAUAUUGUGAUACAAGACAAAACAUUUGCGUCUCAAGGACAAGACAAGGAACCCAAAAUAUGGCUGUAAACCGAGUACCAAUGAACACAAAUGAUGGUAUUGAAACUGCUGAAAUGAUGGAACUCGAUAGUCCUGUUCGUGUUCAGAGAAUCAUGAACCGCUUUGGUGCAUUACCAAUUCAUGGGCCAAUGUUUGGACCUGUGGGAAUGAGAGACAGACGAACGACGGGCAUUUCCAUGAGAUUUAUGUAAAUAAAGGAAUAAAUGAUGUAAUAAUACUUCGGAAAUA